UAAUUAGUGAACAGUUCUGAACCGUGACAAUUUAAUACAUACAGCCAAAAAUUAAACGCAUGAAGUUUUAUGUAAGGAAAAUGCAAAUUAAAUUGCACAAGUUGUGGUGUCUCAUAACAAGAGCUGCAUUUCACUGGAUCAGUUUGAUAGCAAGAAAAUAGAUACAACAGGUCAAACAUGAGUACACCUGUUCCAAUCAUAGAUCUGAGCAAAAUUGGUCUACAGAGGAAGCUCAUUGAAAUAGACAGACAUGACCUUGAAACUGUAGCAGACCAACUUAAAAAUAGUUUAUGUAAAUUUGGAGCGUGUUAUUGCACAAACCAUGGCAUUGAGUAUGAAGAAAAAUACGUGAAAAGCUUUGAAAAAUUCUACAAACAACCACUUGAAGUUAAGACACAACAUCUUCGCGGAACGCGGCGUGAUUUUGGUUAUUCACCAAUAGGGCAGGAAAAAGUUAACCUUGAGAGACCUGGAGACCUAAAAGAGUGUUUCAAUUACCAGCCGGCAGACGAUCCGAAUGAUUGGAAGAACAACGACUUUCCGUCUGCGUGUAGAGAAAUGUUUAAUGACUGUGUGAUACUAGGAUACCGUGUGCUUGAUGCACUUUCCAUAGCGCUUGGUCAAAACCAAACAUUUCUAAGAGAAGGGCACAGAAAGAUUGGUACACUUGAAAACCCUACAACGUUAAGAACGAUAUACUAUCCUCCAAUCACGACAAUAGAUUUAGGACUUAAUCAAUUUCGUUUUGGUGAGCAUUCAGAUUACGGAACAAUAUCAUUUCUGUUUCAAGAUGACGCCGGCGGACUGGAGAUCAAUGUCAAAGAUAAAGGCUUUGUACAGGCAAUACCAGUUCCACGGACCUUUCUCUUAAUUACGGCUGAUUUACUACAGCGUUGGACUGAAGACAGUGUCCCUGCUGUGGUACAUAGGGUGCUGAUUCCAGAAGAAGAACAAAAGAAAAGGAAGCCUCGGCAAUCGUCUGUCUUCUUUAUAGUACCAGAUCAUGAUUUCUUGGUGAGGCCUAUGUAUGGAUCAACGAAGUAUAAACCAAUCACGUGCUUGGAAUAUUUACAACCGAAAAUGGAGGCCCUCGCAGGCGUUAAAUACUAGGAAUGCUUAUUGCUCAACUGUAUUUAAAUUGAAAGAAAUAGUUACCAAAUUUAAGACCGCCUUGUAAACUAUUAGAUAAUAGAGUUGUUUUUUUGUAUAAUAUUAUUAAAUCAAAAUGGCCACGCUUGUAAUCCAGAUACAUCAAGAUGCAUUAAUACCUUUUUCAAUCAUUUUACUUAUAAAAUACCAACGUAUGAACCAUUGCACAGAUAUAUUGCAUUACUUAUGCUCAUUUAAAAAUGAUUUCGACGUAAAAUUAUUUUGAUUUUUGCUGUUAUUCACAUAAACGAAGUUGUUAGUACAGAAAUAUCAUUUCAAUCGGAAGAUAAGCAUGCAUGAUAACUGCUAUUAUCUAUAAAGAUAGACUAAUCCAUGAUAGUCCAUGUUAUGAUAAUGAGGCAAAUUUACCGAAUAUAUCGUGCUUUUUGCUUAUGUUGACUAAGAUGACAAAAUGCACAUUGUAGCAGAGUUAUUUCGGUUUUGGUUUGUAAAUAGACAGAUUGUUUGGGUUUAUGUAUCGGAGAUAUCGGUUGUUAAAUCGACAUUAAGACUUCAGGACUAAUAGUGAAGUUUAAUCAUCAUUAUGGAAGAAUUUUGUGUAUAACAAUCAACUAAACAUUGUUUAAAUACAUACAUGAAUUACUAAAUAUUAAGUAACAUAAUUUUCUAUAUAGUUACAUGAAAAAUCGGGGUUGUUAUACAAAUUUACUACAUGAACGCUCUAUGUUUUGAAAUUAUUACGGUUUAUGUAAGUAAACAUAUAUUUUUCUAGAUUAUAGAGAUAUAAAGAUAUUUCUCUCUUAAUUCGAUUUCUUUAUGCUCUUCCAUUAUUAUUGUGGCGGCUAUUUGUAUAUAGACUUUUUUGUUCGUUUAAUGUAUACACUCUAUAUGUCGGGAUUAUUGUUGCUAUUAUCUUCUUUAAUACUUAUUUAUACUUAUACACUCUAUAAACAGGAAUGAAAUAAAUGAUAUUUGCAACA